AAUUCAGUUUUGGUAUAUUUGUUACAUGCAGCAUUUUCGGAAUCAAUGACAUCUACAGCUAGCCAACCCCAAUUUCGCUACACUCAACCACCAUCUAAAGUGAUUCAUCUGAGAAAUCUACCAUGGGAGUGUACGGAAGAGGAACUCGUUGAAUUUGGAAAACCUUUUGGUAAAGUUGUUAAUACAAAAUGCAAUGUUGGAGCAAAUCACAAUCAGGCUUUCAUUGAGUUUAAAGACUUAAAUCAAGCAAUUGCAAUGAUCUCGUAUUAUAGUUCAUCAGCAGAACCUGCACAGGUACGAGGGAAAACUGUCUACCUUCAAUAUUCGAACAGGCAAGAAAUCGUCAAUAACAAGUCUACAGGAGAUGUUGCAAGCAACGUUUUGCUAGUAACAAUUGAGGGUGUGCAGGCUCAUUAUGUCAACAUUGACGUUCUACACGUGGUUUUUUCUACCUUCGGGUUUGUUCAUAAGAUUGCCACAUUCGAGAAAACAGCUGGUUUUCAGGCAUUAGUCCAGUUUUCGGAUUCAGAAAUUGCAUCUACUGCUAGAAGUUCCCUGGAUGGGAGGAGCAUCCCAAGAUACCUCCUGCCGGAGCAUGUUGGUGUUUGUACGCUUCGUAUAACCUUUUCAGCACAUACAGAUUUAAACGUGAAAUUUCAAAGUUGCAGGAGUAGGGACUACACUAAUCUCAACCUACCUGUGGCUCCUUCAGCUAUUGAUGUAACUGGGCAGUCCUUCCAGCUGCAUUCUAACCGUCCAGUCCAGGUGUCAAGCAUCCCAGAAAAAUCUCUGAUCAAUCCCAGCCAUCCGUUUUGGCUGCAAACGCUGAAUAGGGUGAUAGGGGAGGGACUCAUUGAUUCGAAGCGAUCUCUCAUUCCAUACACUCUCGAGAGCUACGGGCUUUUCGUUUUGAAAUCCUACAACUCUCUUUCUACUCUCCUGAUCCCCUCCCGAUGUUUGGUUGCUGCUAACGGCAAGAUCAAGGCUAAACCGAAGCUUGGAUCGUCCCAUUUGUUGGAGCUCGCGCUAGAAGCUUCAUCUGAAAUCAGAGUCUUCUGGAGAACAACACGGGGACAAUCCAAAUAUUCAACCGUGCUUAAAUCAUCCAAAUCCGUUGAUUAUAUUGCGGUAAAAUCUAAACCAUAG